CAGCCACUGCACCCCGCGUCUUCAUUCUUCAGUCGUCCGCCGGCGUCAAACAUGACUGUACAUACACACUAAGUGCCCCACAACCACACACACACGCCACACGACACACACAAACACAUCACUCACUACAGAUACUUACCUACGAAGUGGUCGGUUCGUUACAGUGUUAUUGAACUACCUACGAAAUAUAGUAAAGACAGUUCGCGAAAAGUGCAAAAUACAGGAUUACUUACUCAGGAUUCGUCCACUGAGAUUCAUAGAAAACCACGUUUAUUUGAACCGUGCUAAUGUGCUCCAUCGCGGCGAUGCCCACAGACUACGACCUGCUGGUGUCUCACAGUCCGCCCUCGUUCUACUCCAGUUGUCGUCGUCUGUCCUCAUCCCCAGUGGCACUGCGACGCUCCCUCAGCCCCCGACAGUCGCCCACCCCCGCUCGCCGUCCCCACAACACUGUACCUAACCGUCCCCGGCCAUGCCUCAUCCAGCGUCACGACACCUCAGACUCUGCCAGCUCCUCCGACGAUGAGCCUCAGUCACCCACCAGACUCAAGAAGAAGGUCGUCUUCGCAGAUGAUAAAGGAUUCUCUUUAACACAGGUGCGACUGAUGACAGAGCCUUCAUACAUGCCGCCCAGUUGGAACUCGCAGUUCCUCAAGCUAGUCACACAAGGAGUAAACGCUGAAGUCGCACCAGAGCCCUGGGAAUGUAUGUUCUCUCAACCUGCAUCCGACUACUUGGAGUUCCGACGGCGGCUCGAUGAAAACUUCAUCUCCCUGGAAAACGUCAUAGUCAAAGAGUCUGCAGAGUCUGUAAUGGGAACUGUCAAAGUUAAAAACAUCGCCUUCGAGAAAGAAGUUAUCGUUCGCUCUUCCGCAGACAGCUGGAUGACACAAGAAGACACUUUCUGCACCUACGUCAGCAACACCAUGCCGGCCGUUCCUGGAUCUGUGAAGGUCAUCUAUGACACCUUCUCCUUCAAACUAACACUUCCACCUAGGUCAAGGAAAAUAGAGUUUUGCGUCUGUUACCGCUGUGAAGGAAAAGAGUACUGGGAUAGUAACAGCAGUAAAAACUACGUCGUUGUUAAGAAGUCUCCAAGUGGGCAAAGUUCAGAACCGAUGCCUAUUCCCAGUCGCCGCUUCAGUGAUGCUGCCUUCGCUAAGAUGGACUCUUGGUCAGAGUUUGCAUCCUGGAAUCAUCUAACAAACGAUGGACCCUACUGGUGACAGGAUGCUAUACACUGCCGGCCGAAGCCAUCACCAACUCUAUGAGAAGAACAAUUAGGGAUUCUCAGAGGCAGUACCUGAGACCAGGAGAAAAGGGAGGCAGAUCCAGCCUUGAGUCCACAGUCCAUCCGUGUGGAGAGGAUCUCAAAGAAUCACUUUGAAGAAAAAACACCAUUCCCCUUAUGAUAUCAAUAUAUAUGUAUAUUAUUUAUAUUCACACAUAAUUCUCAUUGGAAUAUGUAUCGACUGAUUUUUGGUUGUUUUUUUUGCAAAGCGUUCUUUGGGUUUUAAGCCCCCACUGGAACUUCUAGUUUAGUUUUAUAUAAAUUUAAACCAGACUUGAUCGAUUUGGGUUGUAUUGAUGUGGUAAAGAAACGGUUAAGACUGAGAUAGUUAUAAGUGUGGGAGGGGAUGAAAUUGUUGAGGAAUAAGAUGAAUUCGGAAGUCCUAAGGAAAGAAUAUUGCUGGCUUGUGAUUUUGAUUGUUGUUGUUAUUUUCACUUUGUUAUUUUAAUUUGUUAGGAACAGUGCCAUAUUAGGAAUCAUAACUUUUAACCAAUUUUUGUAUGAUGAAUUUAAAUCGAAAAUAUUGUUUUUAUUAUUUACUGUCUUUUAUAAAGACUAAUAUUUUAUAAAUGGAAUAUUUCUUCACAGUAACCGUAAACUAGAGUGUAAAAUGAAAUCCACUUUAGUUAUAAAUGUGAAAUAGUUCCUUAUAUCUACAAAAUAUGUUUCAAUGUUAGGUCUGAUGUUUUACGGGCAAUUUACAACUUUCUUGUAAAUAUAUAGAUUUUAAGUGAUACUGGUUGUAAAUAUUACUACUUGUUAUAAGAACACAUCGAGGUAAAGAGAAAACCAACACAAAACUCUUGCCUACCUGAACUAGAAAAUGUGUAUUAAUCGUGGGUAUUUGAUUGUUGUUUGAAAUUUUACAGUUUUAAAAUGUGAUAUUAGAUAAUUAUUUCAAUAAACAUAUUUUUUUAUCAUAAUGUAGCCGAAAUUUUAAUUUGCCCAAUAAUUUAUUACUAUUUACAGACUGUGAUUUUACUAUUGAACGUCUUACAAAAGAUAUUUUCACUUCUAGAUAUAAUGGCUAUAAUUAUGGUGCUAGUAACAGUUUAAUACUUAUUUAAUCUGGUGUUCAACUGUUACUAUAGUUUAAGUAGUAUGACUGAAGUGAAGUGAAUCUUAUAGUUACAAAAUUCCAACUAAUAUUUUAAAACUAUUACACCCCAUGGAUUAUUGUAGUCAAAAAAUAUAUCCCUUGCUUUUAACAGGCACUAAACAGUUCAAAAAUAUUGUUUAAACGAGUAACUAUAUCAAAUGUAGUUACAGUUUGCUUAGGUAAAAUGUUUUCAUGAUUGAGAAUUGAAAUGUGUAAAUUCAUUUAUUUAGUUUAAUUUUAUUUCUGUAAAAUAAAUAAUUAAAUCGGAACUUGAAUUAAACUUAAAUGCAGUUGGCUUUUUCAAUAUAUGAGUACUGUAAAGGAAUCACUAAAAAAAACACUUGAUAAUACAAAGGGUUAUUUAGUAAAAAAAUACUGCAAACAAUGUAAAGAUUAAAGAUUUUACUGCUGGAAAAUAAAAUCAUCAGCACUGUAAAAAAUUGUUUCUAUUGAUGUUAAUUGUUGAUUUGUAAAUAAUUUAAAUUUUUGGGAAAACUAGUAUGAUUAUGAAUGAUAUCAAGCAAAAUUGCCAUUGAUUACUAUAUGUAUAUUGAUAUAUGUUGAAUGUACAUAGGUGUGAAUUUAUGAUUAUUAUCUUUUAUCAAAGAUGAAAUGCACAGAAUGCAACGCAUCAUUAGAAUAGUCAUUAGUUUAGUCCUGUGAAUCAUUAGUGUGCCAUUAGAUAAGGGUUAGAAUUUGCACUUGUAUAUUUUUGUCUGUUCUAUCCCUUUGUAUUUAUUUGGGAGGGGGGAUUUUGUAUAUCAAGUCAUUGUACAUUUCAACAUGUAUUGUUAACCAUUUUAUGUCAUAUUCAUUAACGUUGCCAUUAACUUAGUCUUUUAUACUUCUGUCAACUCUUCUAUAUUGUUCAAGCGUCUUUAUACCAUGUAAAUGUUGUUUCCUUUUUUAAAAUAUUGUAAAUUGUUUGUAAAUUUUCUUUUUUAGUAAAAAUGCUUUUCUUGCAA